AUGGCGUCGUCAUCGGCAUUCAAGGAAUUCAUGGAUCAAAGGAUUCCUGAAGCAAUGUCAUUAAAACCCUACACGAUGCCUUCAAAUAUUGAAGUCGCCACUGCUGGCAGCGCGAGUGCCUCGGCAGAGAAAGUAACUCUCAGUAUACAAGAGCUAGGGAAGCGAGUCAUGGCGUUGGAUGAAGCUAUUGAAGCAGAUAAAAUGGCGGCGCAACCAUUUUUUUACCAAGAAGAAGAAUUAAUGGCGUUCUAUGAGGAUGUUCUCGCCAUUCCAGAUUCCGAAGUGAAUGACCAAGCUUCGCGGGAAGCAGAAGAAAAGGCCAUCGGGGAGUUGCGAGCACAAGAGGAUUUGGUCAUCAUAGACCAAUUAGAAAAACGGCUAUGUCCUCCUGAAGGCGAACCAGCAAUGUUGCCAAGUCAUAUGCGCAUCUUACGCAGGGCAAAAGAUAUUGUUUCACGUGUUGAAGCUGCAAGAAGGAGGGCCGAUCCAAAUGCGUCAAGUCAACCGUUGGUUCCAAUGGGCGUUUUAUCUGCUAGGGAAUACGAAGCGUUGGUCAGGGCUUGUAUAAAGGAAAAGGAUUGGACUACAGCGGAGGUAGCAUUGGAAGUUGCCAAGACCUCUGGUCUGCCUAUAACCGAGGAAGUUCUUACAAGUAUCCUGAGCUUGUGCAUGUCAGCUAGAAAGGCCUUGAUUGCUGACAGAUUGCUUUCCGAUUUUUUAACUGGUCCCCCGACGGAAGUGCAGCGUGAUCUUCAUGUUCGAACACAUCUUCUGUCUACCAAUAUCCGAGACAUUCCCGAAUCCGCACUGACUCUCCUCCACGAGUAUGAGAACCGAAAUAUACCUGCACCCAUGAAGACAUAUACAUGUGUCAUCGCAUCCCUUUUGUCCCGUUCGUCAUCACUCGCCCGUGCUCAUGCAUGGGACCUAUUCUCGCACAUGCGUUAUGUCGCCCACCCAGACCCAGACGCUGAACUAUACACUCUUAUGAUCGAAGCUUGCGCAUUUCCCGUUUCUGUCGCAUACUCGUCGGAACCAGAAAAAGCCCUCGAUUUAUGGACGGAGAUGACAUCUGAUCACAAUAUUUCACCUACGAUCGCUUCUUAUAACGCUGUUAUUCUGGCUUGCGCAAGGUCCGGCGAUAAAUCAUACGUCAGCGAAGCGUUCCGGCUCGCCAGGCGAAUGUUGGACUCUCAUCGAGACGCACGAGGCUUCUCAGCUUUUAGACCGGACUACAAGACUUUCUGUGCAUUACUCGAGGGCUGCAAAAGGAUUGGGGACCUCGCGAAGGCCAGAUGGAUAUUAGCCGAGAUGGCCAGGAGACGGACGGGAGAUGAACCUAAUUCCGUUGACGUGAAAAUUGGCCAUGAAGCAAUGUCCCAUAUUUUCCACACGUAUGCAUCCUAUAAGCCACCAAUCGUACGCUCAAGAAUUCCUUCCGUGGCAACUGACGAGGUGUCAGAGGUGGACACAGCUCAGCGAUCGCCACCAACAGCAUCGUCGUCGUCAAACGAGGAAGCACAGCAUAUUGUUGACAAUGUAGUUAAUGCCACUGAAGCUUUGACCGAGUUGCAUGAAAGUAUGGAUGGUGAGGGGUAUAUUGCAAAAGAAGAUGAACCUCCAUCGUCUUCGGUCUUCCUUCGCACGCCACCGCAAACCAGCGAGGAGGUCAUCCAAGAAGUUCAAUUCCUCCUCGAGGCUAUUAUUCAGGACCGCAAGUCAUCCUCGUCCUUGCUGGAGGAAGGUUCCCCAUCUGCUGUUCCAUUCUCGAAACCAUUCCAAUAUGUCACAAUCACUCCGCGACUUAUAAGUUCCUAUCUCUCUGUAUACUACGCCCACGCGCCUUUGGCCAAAGCUCGAGAGGUUUUUAAUACAAUAUUCGAUCGGGUCGGGAUUGAAUGUAGUCCCUUGUCCUGUGUGGAUGCUCUAGAAAGAUGUGCAAAGGCUCGCCGUGGACCCGAAAGGGAGAUAGCUUCGACUUUUUCUGAUGAUGUAUGGGCAAAAUGGUUACCGUUUGAAGAUGCUUCUUCAAACGGUAGAAAAGGGCUACCUGCGCGUCUCAUUGAACGCGCUAAUAUUGCCAGGAUUCGGUUACUUGCGUUGAUUGGCGAUAUCUCGCGAUCCAUGGCCCAACUCAGAAUAUUUGCAGCUAAAUACCCACCGGAAGGCAUCAAAACCCCACCACCCAAACUUUCAUGGCAGUCCACACGUACAGCACUCGUUGGGAAGCGUCCUUUAGUGCGCAUGACUCCGGUAGUUGAAGUACCAGAUGAUACCGUCCCGCCUCUUCUCACUUUCCGCAAUAUUGAUGUUCUACAUCAACGACUUAUCUAUGAGGACAGAGUAUCUGAUAUAGCAUAUCUCACUUGGUUAUGCAAGUCAUACGAAUGGGGUUUGCGCAUUCGGCGCGACAAGGCACAUAAAUCCAAAGCUGCCGAUGCCUAG